AUGACCACCCUCAAUUCAACUCCCAUGGAAGAACAACGCGCAAUCCUCAAGCCGUCCCGUGGCUUGCCUGGCUCACACAGCCUCGUCAACGACAUGUCCCAAGCAAACAGUUUGAGUCAUGGCAGAAAGAAAGCAAGCGAGGGAGGUAUGGUGAAAGAGCUGAUCGGUCAUUUCCGCCAAAGGUCACUGCCGCUAGGAAACUACCAGCCCACAACUGACCUGCCUGACGUGCUCGACAUGGCCGAGGAAGGGCCUAAGAAGAGAGAUAGUCGGUUUUUCUUGUGGCCAUUUCGCAGGAAACACGAAUCAAAAAUAAAAUCCAAGCCACAAAGAGGCAACAUCAGGUUGCCGGACUCGGCGGUGGAGGGUACGACUACUAAGGGCCAUCGUUACGUCGCAAUAUGCAUCCCCGCCGAGUUUGCAUAUUUGCAGCCCGCUGUCCGAAGGCCAGUCAAUCCUACGGCUAGAUCGCGCGGCGAGCUUGAUCAGGGAGACGGAAGGGAGGGUCGAUUCCAGCACCCUGAGAAGCAACGUCGCAGCGAGACGCCCUACAUCACGGACAACAACCUGCGUCUCCCGCCCUGGAAUCCUACCGGCCCAGAUGAUCUAACCCGCCCUCGCGGCGUGGGUGUUACAUCCGCGUGGGAGCCGGAAAGACUCCAACGCUCGGCUUCUACCGAUACAUAUCUAACGAAUCCAUGGUCUGAGCAAAGGCAAUCCCCAGGCCAACCGCUCAAUCAAGAUCGUUCCACUCAAGAAGGGGUGCUGGCAAGUGCCGGAUGCUCGACAGGCCGCCAACAUGUUCGCAAGAGUUCUUCGUCGGAGAGCUUCUUCACUACCACUAGCGAGCUUAUAUCUUCUGAUGCGGUAACAGUCCACAUUCCUUCGCCCGCGCCCCCAGGCUACCAGAACACCCCAGCCGAGGAGACAGGUACCGGCAAAAACUCGGCCCCGGACCCUGCGCAAUCGCGCACAGCCAUCUACGGCCGAGACACGCGAAAGGGAAAGGGAGUUAGUACUGGUGAGGGCAGUUCGCAAGGCGACUUUCGGCGCCAUAUAACGCAAGUUCAUCCCACACAUCAAGCAUGCCUGAACCCAACUGAUAUCGACAGGGAUGACUCCCAUGCCUCAUUGCCCCUUGCCCAAUCUUGGAACGAAGAGCCUGGCACGAACACGCCGUACUUCACCAACACCGCCGACUCGGGCAUCCUCACAUCACACACCAAUAUCUCUUCUAAUCCCACCUCCCCCCGCUUAUCACGCCGGCACGAAAGCAGAAAAGAGCAAAGAAACAGCGAAAUCGGACGCGGAAGCGGAAGCGCAAGCGCAAGCAAACAGGAACAAGACAGCAACAUCGAUGUCAACCUCAUCUACCGCUACACCACCAGCCUCAUUCGAGUCCACGACCUCGAGAUGGAAGGCCUGCUCGCCCGCAUUGACACCCUAGAGCAGACCAACGCGCACUGUAUGAGAAAGGUCGCGUCGCUCCUCGAACGGGUCUCGUGCCAGUUGGCGUCGACGUCGACUUCCCUGUCUGCGGGAAAUGCGGGUGGUGCGCGGUUGGGUUACCACCAUCCCGAGGUUAGUUCUGGUACUGGUUCUGGUGCCAGUGCCUUGGCUCGGUCUCAAAGUCGGAGUUCUGGGCAGAUGAGUGGCACAUCAGGGCUAGGUCCGAGUUAUUACGAUAGAGGUGGGGUGUUCACGCCCACACGGUUGGGCAACUGUAAUUUGGAAAAGGAAAGUAAGCAGCAGCGUCACAGAUCAAGAAGAGUUGAUGUUGAUGCCAUUCGUGGUGAUGAUGGUGUUGGUGGUGUUGGUGGUGCAAGGAGAGUGCGGGAUUGCGGGGUUGUGGAAGAUGGCGUUGCUGGGGAUAAGUUUUGGUCGAGGAACGAUUCUUCUGUAAAUGCAGGCUACUUGGGUUCUUCUUCCCUGGCGACACCCAGGUCAGGGGACAGCCCAGAAGACCAAGAGGGCGGAGAUGUUGGAGAUGCAACCGGAUUGGGGACUGUCGAAGGGCUCAUGCGGGACCUGAUUCAGACCGCGCAAGACCUAAGAAUUGAAGGAUGA